GCGCCAAACAGCGAAGCUCAUCGUCGUGACGCUGUCUCACGUUCAAACGCGACAGCAUUGGCACAUAUCGUUGUAUCGAGAAGGAAAAAUUUGUGCAAAUAUUUCGAAACUGUCAAUCGAUUUGUCAGUCGUUUUGAUCACACUGAUAUUUUUUGCUCGAUGAACAUAAAGUUUGAAAUAUACAAUCGUACAAUUUUUAAGACCUCUAAAAUAUAUACCGGUUUAAUGUCGCAAAAAAAAGAAAACUGACAUUGAAGUUUCGACAGUUUGAGAUGUGACAAAAAUAAACGAUUCACAAGAAGCUUCAAAUGAGAAGUAUGUUGUUGAUACUGACUUCGAUAUCAAUGAUAUUUUCCAAUAAUGUGAAAGUUUUAACUUAGAAAAAGUGACUGAAAAUAAUAAAAAAAAUAUCGCAGUAUUUUCAAGAGUCUCGGGUUAUAAAAAUGUCAUGUCAAAUGCCACAUUAUUGAGUCUACAAACUAUUCGUAUGAAAUGGAAGAUAUCACGUAUAUAAUCUGUCGUUUCGACUUAUGUGCUACGAUAAAAUUAUUUGUUACGAGUUUCCGGUGAUUGCAAGGUCGAUCAGACCGGACAUGAAAUACGUAGAAGACAGACUUAAAGAACCUUUACGUCCGAGAAAAUAAUCGUGUUCGAAGGACAAUGCGCGAAACGUAUAAUCUUAUAUUACGUCAUUAAUCAUUCUUUCUUGAUAUUCUUUCUAAUGUGAACCAAAGUGUCUCUCCCGUGCAAUUACAAAGUAAGAAGAGACUGCACAAAAAGAACUAUCAAUAAAUUGAUGCAAAGUUUGCAUUAUAAUGACGAUACACAUAAUCCCGUUUAAUAAAGAGUGCGAUAACGAUGCCGCUCCAUCGGUGUGAUUAUAGGAAUAAAUUUACACAAGAACGAAUUAAAUCGUUAUUGCAGUGUGCAUUAAUGCAGUAUACACCAACGAAAACUCGACGGAUCUCGACGCGAUAAUAAGAUAGUCGAGGAGAAAUGAGGAGAUUUUAAUCUUGACGAGCGCGGUAUGCUCACUUUAUUUUAUCCGCAACGCUAUUUGUCGACGGAAAAAAUUCAUUAACGCGGCUUCGUCCAUCGUUAUUCUGCACGUCGCCAGAGCGAAGCGCAUCGUCGGCAAAUUAGCGAGACGCGCGGCAGAUGGUAUAAAAAACGCGUAAAAACGAGAUUGUAACUGUCUCUCAUUUUUCUCAAAAUUUCUUCCUGCUAUGAGCAUCUUGAUGUACAUUGUCCAAAACGAAUAUCAAGAAUCGUCGAGGGAAAUUACGAAGCAAAAUGCCGUAAUGGCACGUACGGAGAUUGAUAUUGCCCGUCAGGAAACGACGAACUUUCUCAGCGAUCGGAAUACCGUUACUUAUGAAAUCAGUAACAACGAAACUUAUUUGAACAACGAAACUCUGCUUUACAAUAUAUCAUCAAACGAGGACUAUAUCUUUGACAGGACUGAUGUAAAAGUAAUUUUUAUUACUUUAUACACUAUCGUAUUUGUCUGCUGUUUCUUCGGUAACCUGAUGGUGAUCUUUGUUGUGACGUUCUCCCGACGAUUGCGCAGCAUCACGAAUUUCUUCCUGGCAAAUCUGGCGGUGGCUGAUUUUUGCGUGAGCAUAUUCUGCGUUUAUCAAACACUCACCAAUUAUCUAAUGAACAGCUGGCAACUGGGUGACUUCCUCUGCAAGGUGUACAUGUUUGUGCACGCGCUCUCCUACACCGCCAGCAUACUGAUCCUUGUGGUGGUGUGCACCGAGCGUUACUUGGCUAUCGUUCAUCCCAUUAAGUGUCGAUCCAUGCUGACCAGGAGUCGUCUCAGAAUAGUGAUAGGCGUAGUGUGGAUUCUAGCGGCUGUGUACGCUUCGCCCAGAUUUUUCUACGUCGAAACUAUCAGCAAUCGAUUGAACACCGGCGACGUGGACAUUAUUUGCAUAGCUAAUAUCAAGAAGCACAACAAGAACGUCCUAGAUGUGGUGAACCUCGUCUUUCUCUAUCUUCUGCCGCUUUUUCUCAUGUGCUGCUUGUAUACGAGAAUCGCCGUCGGUCUCUGGAGAAGCAGUGCCGCUCUUGAAGGACCUGGUCUGGUCGCUAGAAGUAGAAACGGCAAGAUCCAUCACGUUCACACGUCCAGUAGAAACAUUCUGAGGGCGAGACGCGGUGUUAUCAGAAUGUUGAUCGCCGUAGUGAUGAUGUUCGCCAUAUGCAACCUGCCCCAGCAAGUGCGUAUCGUCUGGCGGCAUUUGGGCUCAAACUACGAUCGCACAUCGGAUUUCAGCACUCUGCUGACAGUCUCGACCUUUCUCAUCUCGUAUAUGAAUUCCUGCCUGAAUCCGCUGCUGUAUGCUUUCUUGUCGCGCAAUUUUCGCAAAGGUAUGCGCGAGCUGCUGCGCUGCAAGGGCGCUAAGGGUCGUAGCGGCGCCCUGGCGAUGAUGUAUACCAGCGGCGAUCAUACGAAUCGUCACGAAAACGGCGUAAGCACCAAUUUACCACACAGCUCUGUCGUCCGACUGAGCUCCGUCCAGGACAGCCCAUGCACCACGCAGACCAUCACACGGCAGAGCACUUAUGGCAAGAACACUUAAUAAACUCUACGACGAUUCUCAACAAGGCGAGAGAAGCAUCUUUACGUAGAAUAUUCCAGAAUGGGAACUGACAGGAUUUUUCUCAGGGAGACGCACGAGCGUCUGCAGAAUUUUUCUAGAGAAUCUAUUUCGAUGCGAUCUAUUAGAAAGAAACGGAAUGAAGUAUUUUGUGUUGAGAAUUUAUUUAUGCUCUAAAACUUUGAAUUCGGAUAAGCUGAGAUGUUAUUCGCGGAUAUAAAGGAUAGGGACAGUCUGGAGCAUCCUGUAUAAGAAUAGACGUCGAAUCAGGUAAACAUAGUGAAAUUAGAAAUUAUUUUCUUCGGCGUAUUGGAAAUAUUUUUAUCGCAUCUCAAUAUCGAGGCUUUAUUUUCGAAGCGUCCCAAAAUUCUAGUACCAAAUCAAUUUUCAAAAAAUAUCAGAUUUAAGACGACAGAUCUUUUCCAAGAUCUGAUUUACCUUGAAAAUUUGCUCUUCAAUCUUUGAAUGCAAAUAUUGUAUUAUCUCAAUCGACGCAGAAUUUGCAGCUCAAUUUCUUACUGAUGCGUGACGUUGUAAUCUUAAUCUUAGCUCACAUACAAUCGCAGGAAUUGUGCAGGAGUUUCGGGAACAAGAUACCUCGAUAGCGAUAGUAUUUACUGCACAAGAGAGAGAGAGAGAAAAUUUUGCUGAAUUCUAGUCAAGUAGUGUCAGCGACAUCCAACUUUGUGUGUAAUCCGUAUAUGCACAGCAAAACUGAAUACGGUGAGCUUAAUCGGAGCUUAUUCAGAAGCAUUACUCCCCUUUCCACUCCCAUUUUUUGCCUCUCAAUGCAUAAACAAUAUAAACAGAAAGCUCGAUUUAACACUGCAUCUGAAGUAACAACAAGAAACUGCAUCAUGCAAUCGAGAAACAAUCAAUAUCUGUAUAAUCAUAUUUAUAUUAGAAUAUUACGUAUAUCAAAUUUGAAUAAAAUAUCGUAAAAUUUCCUCGUGUAAUAUAGAUAUCUUCAUAUUUCGUCUCAACUAUUAUACAUAUACCAAUGUGGAUUCUUUUCGAUACAAUUUUGCUUUUACUUCUUAAAAAUGUUUUUCAGUUCUUAAGUUUUAAUGAAAAAUCACAAUUGUUAUUAAACCUGUAAAAAAAUCCACUCGAAUAAGCACCAGUCAUCGGACAAAUCAGCUACCGUACUUAUCGGAAAAGUCAUAUUCGUCGAAAAUGUGUGAAAAGAGGUAAUUAAAUUAAACAUGUGUGAAUGAAUAUUGAGAGAGCUAUAUACUGGAGAUAU